UUCAAUUGAUUAAAAGAUGUUUUUUGAUUCUUUCGAUUAUUAACCAUUGCUUCAAUCUUUGGAGGCGAGAUCGGAUGGACGUGCGGGAUUCGUGAAUCCAAAUAAUUUGGAUCAUUUUAAAUUUCGAGGAAAGAAAAACGGCCUCUUGGAGCAGGAUGAACCCGCACAAAGUGAAUUUGGCAAGUCCAUAUUGGAAAAUCAUAUCAAUCCUACUUAUAAACAAACUUUGGAGAAAAUUCGGCCAUAUUAACAGAUUUCGUGCGAUCGCUUUAACAGGAAAGACUAUGAAAAACGAAAGGGUCAGGAAAUAGCAAAAAUAAAGGAACAGAAAGAAAAGAAGCAGAAACAAAAAGAAGCACUGCAGAAUGAAAUGGAAGAACUACAGAACGAGAUGGAAGAAGAAAAGAAUAUAAAAGGAUGUCUUUUAAAACUAACCGGAGUAACUAAAGAGCUAGAUUGGGCAAAAAUAAAGGAAUUCUUCCGUCCAUUUUCGUCUUUGGCAUACGUCGAGAUUAAAGAAGAUAAAGGCGAAGCCAUUUUAAGAUUUACUAGUGAAGGGGAUGCUAAAGUGGCUCUUGAAAAGGCCAUUGCAAUGAGGGAGGACAAGAAAUUGAUUAUCAAUAAUGUGGAAGUGGAAGGCAUAGUUUUAGAAGGUAAAGAAGAAAAUGAACACUGGCGAUCAGUUCGAAACUCCAGAAAUGCAAAAUAUAAGAAGAAAAAUCAAAAAGGGUAUUUAGGAAAGAAAUCUAAAUUUGGCAAACAAAACAGAGAUUUUAAAAAGGAGAAUGUCAAAGAGAAUCAAGAUGCUGAAGUGAAAAAUACUGAAGAGAAUGAAGGUUCCAAAAAUGAAAAUAGUCAGAAACAUAAACUUGAAAAGGACGAUGGUGACGAGUCUUCUCCGAAGAAACAAAAAGCAGAAGGAUAAAUUUUGUACAGAAUAUACCAUAUAAUGGUGUCAUGCAACAUUUCUGUUUCUUAUGUGUUAUGUCAUGUAAUUUAUAUACAUAUAUUUUUUUCUAAUAAACGUCAAACUUGUAUGAAUUA